GUGUCUUUUUUGAUCCCGGACUGUGGCAUACUACCUGAAGUGCUGAAAAGCACAAUUGCAGAUAUUGGAGAGUACUACCUGGUGAGGAAUUUAGCCCUUCAUGAAUUGGUCGCUCACGAAUUCAUUGAUGCAUUUGUAAAGAAAGGUUCCUGCUAUGCACUUACCUAUAAGACAAAAAUUGAUCAAGACAAUACUGCAGCUCUGCUACCAAAUGGAAAGUUAAUUCUAUCAGUGGAUAAGGAUACUUAUGAGGAACUUGGACUGCAGGGUCACCCUUCUCGGUAUUCUGGCAAAAAAGCAAUGAGAUAUAUUAUCACUAUUGACUUGACUGAUGCUGGCUUUCACCCUGAGAGCAAGAAACACAGCAGAGUGCUUUGGGCCUUGAAAGAAAAGAAACCUUUAGAAUUUGACUUCCUAAUGGCUUGGUAUAGUACAGGUGCAGAAGGAUCAACAUUGAUGUCACACUUUUCAAAAAACCAAAUAAAGGCCCUGAAGCCAAAAGUAACAUUCAGCACAUUAAGGAACUUGCAGUGUCCAGUGUUACGAAGUACCAACCUGGAAGGAAAGCAGGAGGAGUUCUGCAGUACAGAGGAACUCUUUGAAUGGCUGGGGGCUGUCUGCAACCAGGUUAGCUUUGACAACAAAUCAUCUAGCUUCUUAUCAACCUAUUGCUGUCCUGAGCCCAACACAGUGGUGGACAAAGCUUUUUUGUGCACAAUCACAGGAUUUAUAAUUCCUGAGAAGAUAAUUCAGUUAUUGGAGCAGCUAUGUUGCUAUUUUGAUGAGCCAAAACUGGCAUAUUGGCUGACUUUAACUGUGCAUGGCUUUGCAGACAGCCCUGUUUCCUGGAGAGAGAGUGAACAUGGUUUCCACAAAGGAGGAGAGAACUUGUACAACUUUGUCAUUUUUAGAAAUCUGGACUACUGGCUUCAGAUGGCUGUAGGGACUCAUGAUGAUUGUCCUCCAUAAAGCUACGUCCACAGAAGAA